AUUGAAAAUUCGGGUGCAGCUCUCUUUGUCUGCCCAAUUUGACGGAUUUCCGGCCCAAUUCUUGCUGUUUAUCACUGAAAUCUGGUCCAAAAGUGAUCUGAAGUCGUCCAAAACCAAAAGUUACCUGAAAAAAGCUUUAAAGAAUUUUUUUUUUGAAAAUGCAGGAUCCGAACGAAGACUCCGAAUGGAAUGACGUUUUGCGUGCCAAGGGCAUCAUUCCGCAGAAGGAAAAGGAAAUCACCGAAGAUGAUAUCGUCAAAAUGGUCGAAGAGACGAUCCAUCAGAAGCAAAAAGACGGCAAAGACAUUGACGAGAUGAAUUUGGACGAACUCGAUGAACUCGAAGACUCCGAAGAUGAGUUUGUGCUGCAGGAAUAUCGCAACAAGCGCAUUGCCGAGAUGAAAGCGCUGGCGGAAAAGAACAAAUUCGGCACUCUCGGCGAAAUUUCGGGGCAGGAUUAUGUGCAAGAAGUCAAUAAAGCGGGCGAGGGGAUCUGGGUUGUGUUGCAUCUUUACAGUCGAGGUGUGCCUUUUUGCCAGCUUUUGAACCAACAUUUGGCGGUGCUGGCCCAAAAGUUUCCGGCAACGAAAUUUUUGAAGUCUAUCGCGACAACUUGCAUCCCGAAUUACCCGGAAAAGAAUCUGCCGACGGUCUUUGUGUACUUUGAGGGGCAGAUGAAGCGACAAUUUAUUGGCGAAGUUGAUCUUCGGGGUCCGAAUACGUCGAUUGAUGAGUUGGAGUACUUGUUGGGACGCGAAGGAGCAGUUAAUACGGAAAUUAAAGACGAUCCACGGAGGAAGGUGCAAGAUAAAAUGUUUAUGGAUCUUAAUGACGCCAAUGAUUGGUGAAGGGUUCAUGAUUUUUUUUAUAAUAAUAACGUUUUUUCAUGGAAAUUUGGCGUUUUU